AUGGCGAUGCUGAAGAAGAACACGAGCGCCCUGUGCUGCUUCGUGGCCGCCCUCAUGGUGGUCAUGGCUGCCACCCUUCUUUUCUCCUCAUGCGACGCCGACAAAAAGAUGGAUAAACCCCGUGCUUUUCCCCUGCCGGCUUCGUGCUACUCCAAAUACUUCCCAAACUGCACCGACGAGAGCUGCAAGAGGUUCUGUGGCAGCGGCAACAUGUCGCCGGUCCCCGAGGCUUUCUGCAAUGACAACAACAACUGUUGUUGUCCCAUUUAG